AGGAGAGACCAGCAACAAAAUAGAGAAAUAUCUCAAGCCAACCAUCUUCCUCACUGAGACUUUGGAUAUCCCAGGAUCUGGAAACAGAAAUUGUGCGAGUGUAGCUACAAAUGCAAAUCCAGACAGGAACUGGGAAGGUUGCAAGUUGUACUGGAUCAAAUUAUACUGGAGUUGGGGACUAAGUGCGGUGUGUUAAAGUUUGCAGAUGACAUUAAGAGCCUUUCUCUAUCUCAAUGAUGAAUUUGAAGGAGGGAAAUUUUACUUUGCAGAUCGUGGAGGCAAGAGAGUUUCAGUGAGUGACCCCACAUGCUCAGAGAGAACGUAACUCUGUAUCUAACUCCAUACUGUUCCUGCCCUGAGAGUGUUUGCGGGGACAGUGUAGAUGGACGUUUACUUUCUAUCUAACAGUGUCUGAGGGGGUGUACAGGAGACAUCUGCCAACAUCUGGUCUCUCUGUCUCAGGAGGAAAUCUCCCCAAAGUGUGGCCGACUGAUCAUGUUCCUGUCUGGACAAGAGAAUGCACACUCUGUCCGCCCGGUGACAGAGGGGCAGCGCUGUGCCCUCACCUUGAGUUUCACUGAGAAAACCCAAGAUGAGCAGGAGGCAAAUCCCAGUGUGGAGAGUUUAUUGGAGUUGCUGUACCCGGCAUCCUCCACCCUUGGUGAGCCUGAACAGAUACCAGGCCCUGAGCAUGACCGGGAGUCCCCUGAGCAGCAAGAGAGAGCCCACAAGGAGACUCAACGAGCCCGGGACGGGAGGCAGCGGCAGUACAAGAGACCUCAGCCCAUGACAGGGGCAGAGAGUCCUGCUCUCAGGGACGAGCUCUGAGUCUGCAUUGGAGGGUGUGUGUGCGUGUCUGUGUUGA